UAGUAUAAAUAAUCGCCAGAUGGAAAGGGAAGAAUUGUUGAAAUUUAGCCAAACUGUCUUGGAUUUAAAAGGCGAAGAGGAAAGAAAUGAAAGAAAGGAAUUCUUAAACACUAUGAAAGGGAUUGCUGACCAGAAUAAUGAAGAAAUGAAAAAAUUUAUAAGCGAGAAAAAGGAUGAAUUCUUGAAAUAUGGGCGAGGUAAUAAUGAUAAUGACUUAAGAAUCCUGCUGUUGUGUAUGGGCGUCAGCCCUUAA